AUGAAUUUAGCCGAGAACGACUUCCAGCAAGAGCAUUAUGAGGAGCAAAUGAUCAAUGAAGAGUACAAAAUAUGGAAGAAGAAUAGCCCAUUCUUGUACGAUACUCUGUACUCCCAUUGCCUAACUUGGCCCUCUCUGACAGUCCAAUGGUUCCCAAGUAGGGAUGUAGCGCAAAAUUCGGACUUUUCACUACAAAAGCUCCUGAUAGGGACCCAUACCUCUAAUGAUGAACAGAACUUCGUACAGGUAAUGAAAGCGAAGCUCCCUACUGAUGAAGCAAGACAAAGCAAUGCUGAGUAUGAAGACAAUGGGAAUGAUGCUAAUGGUAUCGGACAAGGCUCUGAAAGAAACCGUAUUGAGACUGAGCUUAAAAUCAAUCAUAAUGGGGAGAUCAAUAGAGCUAGAUACAUGCCACAAGAACCUAAUAUCAUCGCUACAAAGACUGUUACCGGAAACAUCAACAUUUUUGAUUACUAUAAACACCCAAAUAUUCCAGUGGAUAGAGAAGAGAAGCCUCAACUCGUGUUGAAAGGACAUGAUAAGGAGGGAUAUGGUAUUGACUGGAAUGAGAAAUCCAAAGGACUUCUCUUGAGUGGCGCUGACGACAACAACAUCCUUGUCUGGGAUAUCAACUCUAAAGAGCUUGAUGGAUCCGAACUGGAAUACCUGCAUAAAUUUGAGGGACACGAAUCAGUGGUGGAGGAUGUCAAAUGGCAUAAACAUAAUGAAAACUGGUUUGGCUCUGUCUCUGAUGAUAGAAGACUCAGAAUUUGGGACCUUAGGAGCGCCAACAAGGAUUCCUUCUCUCUUGUUGAGGCACAUACAGAAGAAAUUCUAGCACUUGAUUUCUCUCCAUUUGAUGAGAACUUACUUAUCACUUCAUCCGCUGAUAAAUCAGUAAAAUUGUGGGAUAUGAGAAAUCUGGGAGAGACAGUUCAUACAUUCCAAGGCCAUAAAGACGAGGUUGGGUGAAUCCAGUUCUCUCCUCUCCAAAGCGGGCUUUUUGCAUCUGGAAGUACUGACAGAAGAAUCAUCAUAUGGGACAUCUCUAGAAUAGAUGCUCCUCAAACCGAAGAGGAGAAGAAAGACGGUCCUCCAGAACUUUUGUUCAUGCAUGGUGGCCAUACUAGUAAAGUCUCUGGUCUUGACUGGAAUAAAAAUGAAAAAUUAAUGCUAGCUUCUGUGGCUGAAGACAAUAUUAUUCAGGUUUGGGAAAUGGCAAGAGAGAUCUACUAUGACGAAGAAGAAAAGAAACUAAUAGAGGAAGAAAGGAAAAAGGGUGAAGAUGAACAACACAACAUGGAAGUCGAUGCUCCUGCAGGCAACUAG